AUGGAUGUAGAGAUCAGUCUUGGUUUACUGAUAGGCGGAGCUCUACUAAUUAUUUUCAUUGUUGUUGGCAAGAGAAAACUAUCUUCUCACAAGAUUUCUUCCUCUAUUCUCCCUCCAGGCAGCUUCGGGUGGCCACUGGUGGGAGAAAUGCCACAGCUUGUUAUGAGUGCCAAGGCCAAUAAAGCCCACACCUUUUUCCAGCACAAGAUUGAGCAAUAUGGAGGAGACAUCUUCAAGACCUCUUUGUUUGGCUUUCCUACAGCAGUGUUUUACAGUGUUCAAGCGAAUCGAUUUCUUUUCAGCAAUGAAAACACUUUGGUCCACACCCACUGGCCCUACUCUGUUACCAAUUUAGUAAGCCAUUCUUUGCCUACCAAGGUUGGGGAAGAGGCCAAGUCCAUGAGGAAGAUUAUCACCGAGUUUUUAAGGCCUCAGGCUUUGCAGAAAUUGGUAGGCAGAGUAGAUUGUGUAGUGAAAAGUCACAUGAAAAGUUUCUGGGUUUGCAAUGAACAAGUGAAAGCCUUUCCUCUCAUCAGGCGCUGCUUGUUUUCUGUGGCCUGUACUCUCUUCUUCACUAUUGAUGAUCAGAUGCAACAGGAAGAGUUGUUUCCCCGUUUUGAGGACAUGGUAAAGGGAAUGCUCAUGCAGAUGCCUUUGAAUUUGCCUGGGACUAGAUUUCGAAAGGCGAUUCCUGCCAGAAAUCAUCUCCGCCAAGUAAUCCAAAUGUUUAUCGAUGAGAGGAGGAGAAAUGGCGGUCGGAAAGACUUGUUAUCCUGCCUUGUUGGGGAAGUAGAAGAGGAGAAACUAACGGAUGAUGAGAUUAAGGAUAACAUGCUGAUACUUUUAGCAGCAAGCCAAGAUACAGUGGUAAUAAACGUUCCUCCUCCGAUAUCUGGCUCUGAAUCCAGAGUGCUACCGCCAGAUACUGAUUAUGUUAUUGUUUUGUUGAAUGUGGGUCAGCUUAUUUGGACAGUACAUUCAACUCACAAGAAUCCCGAGCAUUUCAAGGGUCCAGAGAAAUUUGAUCCUUCGAGGUUUGAAGGGAGGGGCCCUGCUCCCUACACAUUUGUGCCCUUUGGAGGGGGACCUCGCAUGUGCCCAGGAACUGAAUUUGCAGCCAUGGUAAUACUUGUGUUUAUUCACAACGCUGUGAAAUGUUUUGAUUGGGAUUUGGUUGAUGCCGAUGAGAACAUCACAGCUGAUCCUCUGCCUAUUCCUGCUCGUGGACUGCCCCUGAGUCUUCGUCCGCAUUAG